UCAAAGAUUUUGUGUGACAAAAUCGGCUCCAUGUGGAGGAGGUUAAAGCGAUAGGGUGAGAUCUGAAGCGUCUCAUCUUCACAUCUCUUCUUGCAAUGGCCGCCGGCGGAGACAAACGGGAGGCGGAGGUCCGAGGCAUCACCUCGGAGGAGCUCCGCGCGCACAAUGUGGCCUCCGAUCUCUGGAUCUGCAUCCACGGCAAGGUCUACGACGUCACCGCCUGGGCCGAACACCAUCCCGGAGGCGACCUCCCGCUACUCAGCCUCGGCGGCCGGGACGCCACCGACGCCUUCGUCGCCUACCACCCCGCCUCCGCUUGGUCUCAUCUCGACCGCCAGUGCUUCGUCGGCUUCCUCGUAGAUUACCAUGUCUCCCCCGUCUCCCGCGACUAUCGCCGUCUCCUCUCUGAGAUCUCCCGCUCCGGAUUCUUCGACAGCAAGGGUCUCGUUGCCCCUCUCACCCUCUUGGCCAUGCUCUUCCUCUUCUCCGCCUCCGUCGCUGGCGUCCUAUUCUCCCGUAGCACCGCCGUCCACGCCCUCUGCGGUGGGAUGAUGGGCUUACUCUGGAUCCAGUCCGGAUGGAUGGGUCAUGACUCUGGCCACUACCGGAUCGUGUCCGAUCCGCGCCUCAAUCGCUUUGCGCAGAUCGUCACCGGGAACUGCCUCACCGGCGUCAGCAUCGCCUGGUGGAAGCGGAACCACAAUGCCCAUCAUAUUGCCUGCAAUAGCCUCGACUACGACCCCGAUCUCCAGCACAUGCCAUUCUUCGUGGUCUCCUCCAAACUCUUCGCCUCGUUGACCUCUUGCUACUAUGACAGGAAGAUGAACUUCGAUGCGGUCUCGAGGUUCCUAGUCAGUUAUCAGCACUGGACGUUCUACCCCGUGAUGUGCUUUGCAAGGAUCAACCUUUUUGCCCAAUCCAUCCUCCUCCUCGUCUCAAAGGUGAAUGUAUACAACAGAUGGCAGGAGAUCCUCGGCGUCUCUGUCUUCUGGAUCUGGUUCCCUUUGCUCGUCUCCUGUUUACCGAAUUGGCCCGAGAGGGUUAUGUUUGUUGUCGCCAGUUUUGUUGUUACUGGAAUACAGCAUGUCCAAUUCUGCUUAAACCAUUUCUCCUCGACCGUCUAUGUUGGGCCGCCACAGGGGAACAACUGGUUCGAGAAGCAGACAGUCGGAACUCUGGACAUCUCUUGCUCUCCUUGGAUGGAUUGGUUCCAUGGCGGGUUGCAAUUCCAGACGGCGCACCAUCUGUUCCCUAGGCUGCCGAGGUGCCAUCUCAGGAAGAUCUCACCUUUUGUGAAGGAGCUCUGUAAGAAUCACAAACUGCCCUACUCCAGUGCCUCGUUCUGGGAGGCAAACAAAAUGACAAUUCGGACGCUUAGAGCUGCAGCAUUGCAGGCUCGGGACUUUGCUAAGCCGGUUCCUAAGAAUUUGGUUUGGGAAGCCGUUAACACACAUGGCUGAAAGAUUGUACCGGACUUGAUUUUGUGCUUCUAAUAAGGGAAGAAUGGUUGAUGAUGUUUUCAUCUGGAUAGAUCCCUUAUCUUGUUGAAAGUUCAUACCUCUCUUCUAGCUUUUGUUUUGUAUUUUAUUUCUAGAGUCAAGGUUUUAUCAUUGAAUUCCGCUAUCAUGUUCACUGAGAAGGAAGAAUUAGCUUAGUUCUGCAAGGGAGUUUGCUAAGUUUCAGCGUUAUGUUUUUUUUCUAUAUUCCUAAGUCUUGCCAACUUUUCAAACUUUAUUUCCCUUCUCUAGCUAUGUAAUAGUUCAGAAACAGUUGCCCUCAGUUUAAGAAGUAGAUUUUUUUUCUUCCA